GUCAAGCAGAGAAGUAAUAUAAAUUGACAAGCUAAACACUUUCAGAGUCUACCUUCCCUCUCCUGCAAUAAACGUCGACUGUUAACUUGCUGCAGAGUUUGAAGCUCUUCAUUAACGAUGAAUACAUUUUUCUCAACAGCACUAGUUGGUUACAGUUUUAUUAUUAUCGCAACUUCUGUGUCCGGCACCUACGUUUGGAAUGGUAACAGAUAUGUAGAAUGCAACUGUAAUCGCAGGGCUUAUCGUUGUGAGUGGGAUCCUAUACUAUACCAACAGACUGGAAGUGGUACACGGUGUUUAGAUUGUGUCGGUAAUACAGAGGGAGUACACUGUGAGAAAUGUAAGGAAAAUCACUACUCUCUGAGACCAGGAGGAUACUGUCAGCCUUGCAGAUGCAACCCUCUGGGUUCAACAGGUAGUAGUUGUGAUGAGUAUGGUCGAUGUAGGUGUAAACCUGAAGGUGUGAUUGGAGACAAAUGUGAUAAAUGCCAGCCUGGGUUUUACUCAUUAUCAAGCACCGGUUGCAAACGCUGUACAUGUAAUAUGGCUGGUGUUACCGAGAUCUGUGAUGUCGAAACAGGAAGAUGCACCUGUAAAUAUAAUGUGGAAGGGACCAACUGUAACCGGUGCAAGCCAGGUUAUUACAACCUUCAUCCAGACAACCCCAUGGGAUGCUCGGCAUGUUUCUGCUUUGGGCAUUCAUCCGUCUGCAAGGUGGAAGAUGGAUACACGAAGGCGUGCAUAACCUCUACCUUCGAUUCAGACUAUGAAGGAUGGAAAGCACAGCACCGGGAGGGUGGCGAUCUCCCAAUAAUGAGGUCAUCAUCAUCAUCACGUGACAUUAUUGUUGAAGGCAAAGAUGACUACCCAAUAUUCUUUGUUGCUCCAGCCAAGUUCUUGGGAAAUCAAGUGCUGAGCUACGGACAGAACCUUUCCUUCACAUUCUAUGUGGAAAGCAAUGGUGCCUACCCAUCAGUUGAAGAUCUGAUCCUGGAAGGAGACGGUCAAACAUUGACUACUCAAGUCAAUGCACAAAAUAAUCCAGUCCCUUCUACGACAAAACACACAUUCAACUACAGACUCCAUGAGGGUUUAGAGUAUGGAUGGAAGCCAUUUUUAACUUCCUUUGACUUCCAGCGGGUACUCAGCAACCUCAAGGCCAUCAAAAUCCGUGGAUCAUAUAACAGGCAAAGCGCUGGACACCUCGAUAAUGUGUCUCUCCAGACAGCCAGACCUGGUACUGGAAGUCCUGCUCGGUGGGUAGAGAAAUGUACAUGUCCAACAGGCUAUGAGGGACGAUUUUGUGAGAAAUGUGCAAGAGGCUUUACAAGGCAAAGACGUAAACUUGGAGGUUUUAGCAAGUGUGUUCCAUGUGCCUGUCAAGGCUCUAGUGGUACCUGUGAUGCAGAAACUGGUUCCUGCUUCUCCAAUGACCCUCCCAGGAAUUGCCCACAUGGUUAUUAUCCUGAUGCUACUGAACCAAGAGGCUGUAGGAUUUGUCCUUGUCCAAGAGGUACAGGGUGCACUGUGACACCAGGAACAACAGAGGUGGUAUGUGUGGGCUGUCCAGCAAAAACAAUGGGUAACCGAUGUGAAAUGUGUGAGGAGGGAUACUUUGGUAACCCACAGGCAGGUAGAUCCUGUCAACCUUGUAGAUGUAACAACAAUGUGGAUCCCAAUUCAGUUAGCAAUUGUGAUCGGUGGACCGGGGAAUGUCGAGAAUGCCUGUACAACACUGCAGGACAUCACUGUGAGAAAUGCAAGGAAGGAUUUUAUGGAAAUGCUCUUGCCUCCAAUCCUACCGAAAAGUGCAAAUCUUGUAACUGUGACCCAAGUGGUUCUUGGUCCUUACAGUGCAAAGAUGAUGGAACAUGUGAUUGCAAGUCAGGAGUCUUUGGAGCUAAAUGUAACCAGUGUGCAGGGGACACCUAUUACAAUAGCACCACAGGCUGCCAGGAGUGCCCUAGCUGCUAUCAAGCUGUAAAAAGCAAGGUACUGAAACACAAGAAUGUAGUUAGAGAUUUAGAAAUUCUUAUCUCAAGAGUGAAGAUAAAUGGGAACCCUUCAACUGACAAGGAUUUUGAUGAAAGAUUGAGGAAAGCAUCAGUGGUCCUCAACAGAAUGAUGACUGACGCUAAAAAAGCAGAAAUGGAUGAUGAAAACAACCUUGACCAAUUGAAAAAUCUUAACAAGAAGUUGGGUGUUGAGACAAGUCGCCUGAACAAUAUAGGGAAGUCAAUUGAUGAGACUCGGCGGUUGACAGUAUUGUAUGAAGAUCGCGUCCGGAGUAUAGAGAGGUCGCUCAGCAAUGUCAGGACAAAGAUCCAGGAAAGCAGGACAGAACUGAGCCGAAUGCCAUCAUUACCUACAGGUCCUGUUGGAGGCCACAACUUGGCAGGUCUAGCAGAUGAGGCUCAAAGACUGGCAGAUAAACAUGUGAGAGACGCAGAUGACAUAGAACAAUUCAGCAGAACUGCCAACCAGUCAGCAUUUGCAGCCCUUGAAUUAAUUACCCAAGUAAUCAAAGAUGAUCAGAAGACCAUGGAGUCCAUCAAUCUAAUAAAUCAGCAAUCUAAACAAAUCAGUGACCUGGCAGAUGAACUAGAUGGACAAGCAAACAGAAUAGCCUCAAAAGCACAGAAAGUUAGUGAGAGGGCUCAGAGGAUUUACAAUGAGCUGAACAACAUCCCUACAAUUGACAUAGACGCCCUUGAGGCUGAAGCAAAUGAGCUCCAGCUCAAAGAAAGUGCCAUUGGUCUUGAACUGAACGGGAAACUCGAAUUAUACGAAAGAUUGAAGAAUAAUGUGAUGGACUUCCAAAGAGAUGUCAGGAAAAUUUUAGACAAUGGAGAUCUAGAGCAAAGGUCUGCUGACUUGUUAUAUGCCAGAGCAAAUGCUGCUAAAUACCUGGCUGAAGAUGCUGUUAAAAAGGGCACCUCCACAUUGGAGCAAUUUGAUCGUAUCUUAGCUAACUUGAGAGAUUUUAACACAAGAGUGAUCAGCAAUAAAACAGCUGCUGAAAAUGCUUUGAACAAAAUACCUGAUAUCAUCAAGACCAUUGAUGGUGCCAAUAUGAAAACUAGCCAGGCUGAGAGUCAACUGGGAAAUGCAGGAACAACUGCCAAUGAGGCACAGAGGAAAGCAAGGGAAACAAAUACUAUUGCUGCUGAUGUUCUGAAGGGAGCUGUGAAAUCUUUAGAUGAUGCAGAUAUUGCACUAACUGAUAUUAGACGACUGGAUGGUGAGGUGCAAGAUGUGUUUGAGCAGCUGAGACAUUUGCAGACAGAUGUGGAGAACAAACAGAGAUCAGUGGAUGGAGAUACUGUGAUGGCAGAGAUGAUCGCAGGCAAUGUAAAUGAUGCAACCAUGAAUGUAGCAGAUACACAGAAUUCCAUUAAAGGAACAAUGGAUUUGAUCAGCAACCUACUGAUUUCGAUGGGUAACUCAGCUGAGAUUGAUGCCACCAACUUACAACGUAUAGAAGCUUCUCUACAAAUCUCUAAAGACCAAUUGACAAAUGAGCUUCAAUUGAAGCAACAAGAAUUGCAGGAAGCUUCCAGAGAACAAAAAGAAGCAUUAGCAGCUUAUGAUCAAGAUAUUGAGGACAUUCGUGAAGCUAUUAAAAACCUAGAAAACAUUAGCAACACUUUACCUCUUGGAUGCUUCAAUACUGCAGCCAAUGAAACGCCCUAAGGGCUUGACCUCUUCUGACAGAAGUUGUACUGCUAAAAUUAAUUACAAAAAGUUUCUGUUUUAAGAAAAUCCUCAGCAAAAGACAUUCUAUGCAACACUUUACCAGCAUCAGACAGACAGAUAAGACAUGAAUACAGUAACAGUCUUUGCAAUAAUAAUUACUUUUAAGUUGAUACUUGAUUGAAUUAGAUACCAAUUUCGCCAUGUCCUUUCCAUUACAUAUUCUAUGUCGCAUGUGUUGCACUAUUGCUAUGGUGUUAUAUUCGACUAUUCCCACUCAUGUCUAACCAGGUUGCAGUAAAAAGAAAAUAAUUUAUUUUUCAGAGGUAGUCAGUAUAAGAAACCAGACCAGAUAUUCAUGAUCAAUUUUUCAUAUAUUCAAAAUUCUGCAGUGUUGCAAGUGAUAGUUUACAGCUGCUGGGUCUGUGAUGUAUGAAGGCAAUACAAAACAGUAUUGCUUGUUUCAAUGCCAUACCUGUGCAUUUAUUCUGACACUAUCAUUAAUAUUUGAAAUCCACCUCUUACAACAGUAGCUAAAAGCCAACAUGUCUCAUAAAAUGCAGUCUGGCUCCUUUGGCGGCCUAUGGAUUAUUUGUACAGAAUUGGCUGCUCUAACGGCUGCUGUUAUCAUGCUGUCUGUGUGAAUUGUAAGAGUGGCCAGUACUAAAAACCGAUUUAACAAGGACAGCCAAAAUGUGGGUGGCAUGGUGACACAGUGGUUAGCACUGCUGCCUCACAACACCAGAGACCCGGGUUCAAUUCCCACCUCAGGCAACUGACUGUGUGGAGUUUGCACAUUCUCCCCGUGUCUGCGUGGGUUUCCUCCGGGUGCUCCGGUUUCCUCCCACAGUCCAAAGAUGUGCGGGUCAGGUGAAUUGGCCAUGCUAAAUUGCCCGUAGUGUGAGGUAAGGGGUAAAUGUAGGGGUAUGGGUGGGUUGCGCUUCGGCGGGUCAGUGUGGACUUGUUGGGCCGAAGGGCCUGUUUCCACACUGUAAGUAAUCUAAUCAGAAUAACUCUUAGAAAUCUACUGUACUUAUUGGAAGUUGACUGGACUAGUUGGGAUGCAGUGAGGAGGAGGAAGGAGAGGGGAAGAGAAAUCAGCCAAGUUUCCUUUCCUGAUUGCGACCUAUUUCCAGAUUUGUUUUAUUCUUUAUAAAAUGUAGAUGCUGCUGUCAAAACCAACAUUUGUUGUCCAAUACCAUUGCCCCUAUGGCUGACUGACUCCAUUGAUGUCCCCCCCCCACACACUAAGGCGUGGAAAGUAGCCACCCUAAGUGAAUUAUGGGAAACCUACUGGUUCCUGGAGAGUUGCUGCCAAAUGAAUUUCAGAAACAAGGCAACAUUGGAGUCAGGUGGAGAAAAUGCAAGAAAUGAAAAUUGGUGAAAACUUUGCCCCACACAGGCUUCACUGGUUUCACUGUUUAAACCUCGUGUAGACUGACUGCUUUAGUCUUUACCCAAAACAUUGUUUUUUAUUAAAUUUGCAAAAUCAACUAAAAUCUAACCAAUCAUUGAAAUGCAGCAUUUUAGGCACAUGACUCUCAGCUGAUUUAUCUCCUAAAACAUAUUUCUGAGAUUUUAAACCUCCAGCCCCAAAGAUAGAUUUGGUGGCAAGUUUGCUUCUGCAUUUCAUUCGCUGCUCCAAGUUUUGCCCUCUUCUUUUUCUUCUUCCUCUGAAGGCAGAGAAACAACUAGUUAGGCCUCCUGCAGACUGUAUGGGAUUGCAUAUUGCUGCAACAUGAACUCCAACCUAAGUGUAGAGACAAACAAGGUUAUAUGGAAGGGUGGAAAAUAGGAGUUAAUGGUUUGAUUCAAUACUGAGAUGAAACAUAAAUUAUGGGAAUGGAAAUUCAGCCUGACACUAACCAAAGGGUGGUCGUUCAUCUGUAACUCAUGCAGGUUUUACAUUCUAGAUAUUUAGACAGACCAGAAAGUGACUGAAUAUAUGAAUGUUGUAACGCAUGUUUUAUAUCAGGACAAUUGUUCGAGAAUGUAUCUUUCUGUCUAUCUAUCUAUCUAUCUAAUUUUUUAAUAUAUAUAGAAGCAAAUAGACUGACUUGUAUUUUGACUAUUUUGACCACUGAGUGCAUAUUUUGUUAGAAAUUUUAGGUCAAUGCUGAUUAUGAGUGGCUUGGAGUGGAGCUUGCAGGUGGUGGUACUCCCAUGUAUCUGUUGUCCUUGUCCUUCCAGGUAGAAGAUUAAUGCAGAAGUGUUCUGACACACUUUACCCACUGAACUCAAUUAGAACAGAGGAAUUAUGAGAUGGAAAAUGGCCGAUUACAUUUAGUUUGCCGUCUAGUGUCAUGAUUUAAUGAUAGUAGAGUUAAUGAUUAAUGAAAGAAUUCAAUCUCUUGCUAUGUAUAGUAAAGCCAGAGAUAAUGAGGGAGACUCUGUGAUGGAUGAUUAAGAGCUAAAAAUCCAAAAUUGCCAUCCAUCUGCACAAAUUGCAAAUGAAACUCAUUACAUUUAUAGAGGAGUUUAGUUUUUCACAUGGACCAAAUUCUGAGAGACAACACAUUCUCCUCCUGUCACCACACAGCUAACAUUACAUUUUGUCCAGCCCAUCUACCAGAUGUUCAUAGCCAGAGCUAUGUCUUAAUUGCUGAUGAUAUCCCUCUUGUCAUCCUUUCUACUUAAAUCUUUACUACUGAAAAUAUAACAAAUCUUCAAUAGCAAGGAAACAAAAGGGGCUGAUUAGAGAGAUUAGAUUAGAUUAGCUACAGUGUUGAAACAGGCCUUUUGGCCCAACAAGCCCACACUGACCCUCUGAAGAGCAAUGUAUUUAUAUGUUAGUAAAAUUGUAGAUGCUUUCACAAUAUGUUUAUAAUGUUACUAUCCACACUGAUGAGAGUUAUUCCUCUCUUAGCAAUAUUUAGUCAUUUAGCAUCCACCUGCUUGUCUUCUAGUACCAUAGUUUGGAAAGGCAACACAAUUUCUAGUAUAUGUAUGUAAACAUUUGCAGGGGCAUAGGAAUGAGUAGAGAGUUGGGACUAAUUGGACUGUUCUUUUUUAGAGCUAACAUAGAUACAAUGGGUCAAAUGACCUUCUUUGGUGCUGAAUGCUUAUGUUCCUUUGGAGCUGGAAUAUUAGUCAAUAGUCAAGUGGAAGCAGGGAAAAUGGAUUGAGAUUGGGAAACCUGGAAGAAUAUGUUCCAUUCGUGCCCUAUUAAAUAUAUUUUCUCUGUUCUAAACCAAUUGAAGGGUUAUGUAGCUAACAACAGGCCUUUACCAAAUCUGUAACCAGGGAAUAUAAAGGAGGAAAUUUGGGGUCAGAGGCCAGGAUUUAGUUGGUGUGGGGAUUAGAGGUGUGUCUGAGAUCAGGAAUUGGGGUGGCAUAACGUGGGUAAUUGAAAGCAUCAUUGACAAGGCUGGAGGCUUCAGGGCGAUCAGAAGGGCUGUACGGAGACGCCAAUCUUGUGGAUUUAGCAAUGCCCAUAGUCUGGUAGAUUAUAAGUAUAAAAGAUGUGAAUCUUAGGUCAGACAUUGCAUUUUAGAUGUGAGGCCUUGUUCGGAGUCUGUCUGUCUGUGUCCUAACCUGGAGCCAGAUUGGUUUUAUUUCCAAAGUAUGAAUUUAUAAAAUGCCACAUUGAGCAACUCUCUACCGGUUGUGUACUUUUUGAACAAAAUAGAAUGUAUCUGCAAUACAAAUUUGCAAAUGCAAAUUCACCCCAUAGACUUCUAUGUAUAUAUGUGUGUGAGGGGGAGAGAGAGUGUGUGUGUUCGUGUGUGUGUGAGGAAGAGAGAGAGAGAGAGAGUACAUGAGAGAGAAGUGAACUAGUUGGAGGAGGUUUAGAGUUAGGAUUCAGAUUUUGAACACUUUAACCUUUUAACCAACCCAAAUUCUCCAUUCUUUUACUUAAAAUUAAUCUCUUGUCUUUAUGUUAAUUCUGCAAAGAUUGGAUUCACCACGAUACAAAAUGUAACUUUUUGGCCACUUCCUGUGAUCUGAGCCUGUAUCAAUAAAGACUGUGCUAAUUCUUGUAACUUUAAAAUUUAAAAACUGGUGUCAUAAAUGAAUAACUCAGUUGUUGCAAAUUUUCUUAAAAAGAAGACAAUAAUUUGCUAUGUCUAAUGUUAUCUUGUUUAGAAUUGGUUUUGAAUAGGUUAUUUCCUUUCACAGAAUUAAGCUCGCAUCUUGUGUUUAGGCUAACUUUCUAUUCACAUACCCAGACACAAUGAUCAGGAACCACCUAAAAUAUUCUGUCUCUUGGCUGUUUUGAUGUGUAUGAUUUUCUGAGACUUGUUAAUAGGUUCUAGAAAACUGAGUCAAUUUUAUCUCACUGACUACCCUCCAAUUGUGAAACACUGAAUGAAAUGAAACAUGCACAUUUUUUUCAUUUAUGACACCCUUAAGAUAUCCAAAUUUUUUUUAUGACCAAAGGAUUAUGCUCCAAGCACAUUCUGUAUAGGAGAAAGUGAGGACUGCAGAUGGUGGAGAUCAGAGUCAAGAGUGUGGUGCUGGAAAAGCAUAGCAGGUCAGGCAGCAUCCGAGGAGCAGGAGAAUCAAAGUUUUGUUCGACAUUCAUGCUAAUGAAGAGCUUAUGUCCAAAAUAUCGAUUCUCCUGCUCCUCAUAUGCUGCCUGACCUGCUGUGCUUUUCCAGCACCCCACUCUUAACAUAGUCUGUGUAGAAAGAGUAAGACUCUGCUGCAUAAAUCUAGAUAUUUACCCACACACAUUUCUUUGUUAGGUACUGAUGCCCUUGUUUUGUAGCAGGCUUGGAAAAGCUGGAUUCGUUCUCCUCCAGUUCUCUUCCUUUUUGUAAUUAGCAACUUGAACCUUCCAGUGCAAGUUGACUUCAGGAAAGUUGGAUUAUUUGUAGUAAAAUGUGAAACAUUUUCAUAGAUUUUCUUAUUUAUUUUGAGAUGACUAUCACUUUGUUUUAUGUUAUUGGAUUAAUUAAAAGCCUUGCUAGUUAUGAAUCUGGAGAGCUGGACACUCUUCAUUUGUUUCAAUAACAUUGAGAAGGUAUAGCCUUUCAGUAAAUUAGUUUGAAGUGUUUUUGUUUGUUGCCAAAAUACAGUAUCACAUUGAAGUACAUAAAUAAAGGUAUGACUGGUACAUUCUUGCAACAUUUGUAUAAUGCUAAUUUCUUAAAAUAGGUAUUUCUUAGCAAAGAUGGACCUUCUAAUGACUGGGUACAAUUUUUUAAAAACCAUUACAUCAAAAUAAACCAGUUGUUGAAUAACAUUUUCACUGUAAUUGUAACGAAUAAGUAGCAAUAUGUUAUCUUUAAUUCAUAACCAAAUAGCUACAUUGCACUGCUGGAAUCUAACUUGUGCUUUCUGCAUGAAGACUAUAUGCCUUAUUUAAGUAUCUCAGUAUUAACUGAGUUUGGAACCAUUUUUACUUUGAAGUAUUUGAAGACAUUCAUUUGCAAAUGAUUAAUUAUUCUUAG